AUGAACCCCACGAAAUUAUUUAACUUUUUCCGCUCCUUAGGUCCCAGAAAGGGCGAAGCGUCCCAGAUGGUUCUACCUUCCGACUGGCCGUCGGAUUUACACAGUAAAUGCAGCGUGCAGGCAUGCUGGUACCCCAAUCCACCUCAGGCCGCCGUCGGUCUGUACAACUGUCUAGGGCGUCGCUCAGAUGGCCGCCCGUGCAAAGGCGUCUACAAUGUCACUGCCUUCAUCGUCACGGAGAUGGUCAACCAAUAUCACCGCAAGAGGAAGGAAGAAGUGCUCAGGGCCAAACAGUCUGUCCAAGCCGAGCGAACAAAGCUCCCGCGUGAACGCGAACUUCACAAGAAGCCUUCUCGGGCAACUACCACUGCGGCACGCAAGUCUCAAAGGCUUCACGUUCAGAAAAGUUUCCGCAGUCUCGAUUAUCGGAAGGAGAAGAGCCUUCCGGGGAUUCCAGGUCUAAGUCAGCGAAAGGUUAACAAAGGCCCGCUUGCAUUUCGUCCACCAUAUCCGACACAAGUGGCUGGAGAUGUUGCUCUAUUCCCUGAAGUGCACCUUCGAUGCACCGUUUAUCCUAUGAACCAAGCUGCUGCGUUUUCCCAGCCAGCGUUGACCAGUGUUCCUCAGAAACCAGGGCCGGGUUAUACCCCUUUUCGUCCUCCCUUGAUGAUGACUACAAGGACUGCGUCUAAGGAACAUGGUGCUACCGCAAAUCCUCAUGAUAGUGUUUCUGUGUACAGCCAGAUGACAACUGUCAGGGAUGAAUCUAAUCGUUUGUAG